AUUCUUUAUACAGUCGUGUUUGAAUUCAUUAAAAAACUGAUUAAGGCAAACGCCAUGGUCAUAUGGAGGUUUGACAUGAUCAGUAUAAAACCCCAAAGAGCAAUACUCCACCUUCACCAUUAAUUCUGUUACUUUUAUUACUAAUUAUUUGUUCAUUGGUAACCAGACCAAUUGAUCCAUAAGAAAUGGAGGGAAGAAAGGCGUUUGGUUGGGCUGCCAGAGACACUUCUGGAAUUCUUUCACCCUUUUCAUUCAACCUCAGAGAAACAGGUGCAGAAGAUGUAAUGUUGAAGGUUUUGUACUGUGGAGUAGACCACACAGAUCUUCAUCAGAUGAGGAAUGAGAUUCACUCUACUAAUUACCCUUUGGUUCCUGGGCAUGAAAUAGUGGGAGAAGUGGUGGAGUUGGGUUCAGAGGUAAAGAAAUUUAGGGUUGGGGACUUGGUGGGAGUUGGAUGCAUAGUUGGGUCCUGUGGAGAAUGCUCGCCUUGCCAAUCCAACAUGGAGCAAUACUGCCCCAAUAUAAUCCCCACUAUUAAUGGCACCAACAAAGAUGGAAGUUUCAAUAGGGGAGGCUUCUCCUCUGCCAUGGUUGUUCAUCAAAGGUUUGUGGUUCGGAUACCCGAAAACCUAGCACCAGAUCAGGCAGCUCCGUUGUUGUGUGCUGGGGUGACAGCCUAUAGUCCAUUGAAGCAGUUCAUGGGGUCUAACAGGGUUCUCAGGGCAGGGAUAUUGGGUUUAGGAGGAGUUGGGCAUCUGGGUGUGAUAAUUGCCAAGGCAAUGGGCCACCAUGUGACUGUCAUAAGCUCUUCUGAUAAGAAGAGGCAGGAGGCUUUGGACAUUUUAGGUGCAGAUGCUUUUCUGGUGAGCUCCAAUGCUGCUGAGAUGGAGGGAGCUGCCAACAGCCUUGACUAUAUUCUCGACACGGUGCCCGCUUUUCAUCCUCUGGGAUCUUACCUUUCACUGCUCACGGUUGAUGGAAAGCUCAUCGUAGUUGCUGCUGUGCCUAAACCCCUGCAGUUUGAUGCAGUCGACUUAAUUCUAGGGAAGAAGGCGAUUGCCGGGAGCUUCAUCGGAAGCAUGGACGAAACUCAAGAGAUAUUGGAGUUUUGGGCAGAGAAAGGUUUGAAGUCUUUCACAGAGGUGGUGAAGAUGGAUUAUGUUAACAAGGCAUUUGAGAGAAUGGAAAGAAAUGAUGUGAGGUUUAGGUUUGUCCUGGAUGUAGCCGGAAGCAACCUGGAUGAUCAAGACGGUUCAAAAAUAAACACGACAGCGGACAUAAAUCAUUGUGAUAUUAUUCUUUAGCCUGAAAUCGCUUAAAUUUGAUCGAAAUUUUCAUAGUUCAACAAAUGUAUUGCUAAUUGCUCUAUUUGACACCAAAAUGGUAGACCUGAAGUUCAAGAGAAAUAUUAUAACA